UCAGUCUAAAGCCUCCCUAAGAGAGGACGUUGGGUGUCUAAUUAUGGAAGAUGGCAGCCAGGCUGUGGAAGCCAGAGAUAAAGCUGAAAUGCUGUUAAGAGUCUUUCAGAAUCUUCAUAGGAGCGACAAUGGAUGUGCUGCACCAUCGCAGCCACACUGUGUCAGCAGUUAUAUAAUGCAGGACAUCGUGCUGACUGCGCAAGAGGUCUUUACUGUGAUGACUAACUUGAAUCCCUUCAAAUCAGCCGGUCCUGACGAUGUACAUCCGGCAAUAGUCAAGCCACUAGCUGACAUCCUUCAACAUCCUGUUCUGGAGCUGUUCAACUUGUCGCUCCAGGAAUGCAAGUUGCCACGAGAUUGGAAGGAAGCAGCCAUAGUUGCGAUUCACAAGGGUGGCUCCAAAUCGGAGCCCCUUAACUACAGACCCAUCAGUAUAACCUGUGUUCUGCUCAAGUGUUUAGAGAAGCUUAUAAGAAACCGGAUUUGUGAGCAUUUGGCGGAACACAGCCUACUUAGAGCAGAGCAGCAUGGUUUCAUUAAAAAGAAGUCGUGCCUCACUAAUCUACUGUGCUUCCUCGAUGAGAUUACUCGAUGUCUU